UGUGAACAGUCUGCUACCAGUAAAAUCGGAGCUUUCAUUGACAAAGCCAAGUCGAAAGGCAAAAAGUUGGUAGCUCGAACUAAGGAACACUCAAAAUCUCCCGCAAACAUGAUACAGGGUUUGGAGGAGCCGACGAUGAUGUCUUCAUUGGGGCAGCGAUUCCGAAAUAUGCCAUUCUUUAAAUAUCGUAUGAUAUUGCUCGGUAUGCUGCUCUCCGUCACGUUUGUUUGUCCUGGUUUUUUCACCGGUCUGUGUUGGGGUCUAUAUUUGUCAUUCAUUGGUUUCCUGUACUUAUUUGUUUCUGAACCACGUCCAGAGAACAUCGCCAAGGAAAAUGGAAUUUUUGAGCAAGCACGGGAAGCAGACGAGUGUGAAGGAGAUGCGCUUGGGAUACACGAUGGCGUUGUAUAUAGGGGAUGGAUGAAUGAAUUAAAAGGCAAGUAUUCUCCUGCAACUUACCAUGUCAAUAAUGCACAGUCUGUGCUUGUUCGACUGGAGGGCACUACCUUACGAAUUUCUCGUCCGGCAAAAGCAGUGCUUAAGCAUGCUUUUCAUGAAGAUCCUACGCUAACCCAGCCACAACCUACGAUGGUUUCACAGACAAUGUACAGCCUUGAGGGAGCUUACGUAUCGCUUCGCCCAAAGCGUUUGGCCCAGCGACGAUGGUGGAGCCGAAAGUAUCCUAUCCACAUUAAGUUUGCUCGGAAACCAUCAGAUGUUAUGAACCUCUCAAAACCGCUAUCACGUUCUGUGUCAAUGCACCCAGUGGAGACUGCUCCUGAUCAUUUGCCAUUUUUGGAGGGUGAACGUUCCUCGUAUGACGAGGGCUAUACUGCUGAAACCGAUUCAAGCGACGAAAGCGAUACAGAUCAUUCGCGUGGUGUAGGCCGCGCCUCCUCCUUCAACCAUGUACCGGAUUUUUUGAGCAUUUCUGAGGGAACUCAUCGGCCAGGAAAAGAAAGAUCAAUAUAUCUUUUCGUGAGAGCUGCUCGAGAAAAGGAGCGAUGGUUUCACUUACUUCGUGAAGCAUGUGCACAGUCAGCGACUUUCCGAAGACCUUUAGCAAAGAGGAGCAAUAGCGUGGUACAACGGAAAACAUGUAGUUCAAUAUCUACAAAAGGAUUCACAAACAGUUUGCUGAGUAAGUCUGGUGUUCUCUCUAGGUUCCGGUUUAGGAAUAAGUUAUUUUUUGAUUCUAGACAAAUUUCCAUAAUGCUUGGCUAUGGAGUGAUUCCGCCUGAGCGAGGAUCUACUGUAUCCCUUGACCUUGGCACGGUGAAGUGGAGACCUGGUUGUCCUGAAGAAAACACGGACUUGGUGGAAUCCAUCAACUCAGUUGCAACUAGAAUCUUUUUUGACUUCUGUCGUGACGAAUUCUGGGCUAAUCAAGUGAAGCACAAAAUCCAAAGCAAGUUGGCUACGAUUCAUUUGCCGUACUUCAUUGAAACUUUGGAGCUUUCAUCGCUGAGCCUCGGGAGAACUGCUCCACGAAUCGUUGGUGUCUAUACUCCGAAAUUAAAUGAAUGGGGGAUCUGGGUAGACUUGGAGAUGAAGUAUGGAGGUGGUAUUCGCUUGGUUCUUCAAACUAGUGUGAAUCUUCUGAAACUCCAUCAAGGAUCCACAAAAGUGGAAACCGAACGGAAGCUUUCUCGUUUGAGCAAUGCUAUGGCGUACCCAACGUCGCAUUACUCAGAUGAGGAUUUGCCUGAGAGUCCGGAAAGUAGCCCCGAUGAGGACUUCGGCGCCAAAAACAACCUCGACGGUACUAAAGAACGCACGGGAAAGAAAAUCAUUACUCUGGUAGAACGAGCUGCACAGAGCAGUUUCUUCCAGAAAGCUGCCAAAUUCCCGAAGGUAGCCAAAUUAAUCGAAGACGUUUCUUCCACUCCCCUCAUCCUGAAUGUUGAAGUGGAAAUGCUUGAAGGCCCAAUCACCAUCAACAUUCCACCACCUCCAUCUGAUCGGCUGUGGUACGCAUUUCGGCGACCACCCAUUGCUUCUAUUCGAGCCGUUCCUCAAGUUGGUGAUCGAUCUGUCGACAUGUCGACCGUAUCAGAUUGGAUCGAGUCGAAGCUUCGACUACUUAUCGAAAAGAAUCUUGUAUGCCCCAACAUGGACGACAUUAUACUGCCUGUUAUGUCAGGGAAUGAUCUUUUACGUAAAGGCGCGUACAACUUUUAA